UGCACCGAUGCGGACACAUUUGGGAUAACGUCAUGCAAAAUAAGUUUUCUGGCAACCUGGCGAAAAGAGGAUUUGGAUAUAUCAUAACUUACAUUUAUAUAUGGAUAUCUCUUGUUUAUUUAAAAUAACUUCGGAUCUGACAUGGAACAUACACAGUUUUAAUGAUGGAUAAUAUAAUAUGCCUACCUGAAAAACUGUAAAAAAAAUUGACAUUCUGCUUUUUAUUAUCAUUGUUUCAUACACUACUUUAACUCGAAACAUGCGAGAGUUUGAUGGAGUUGCACGCGCUUCAGUGGCGCGCGCGGACCGGUCAGCGCGGAUCGUCUCGAGGCAGCGCGCGCGUGACGGAUUUCUGUCGUACCGUGAGCCGCGCGGCAUCCCUCAGAGGAUUUACCUUCCCUUUAUCUUACUGCUGCUCAUGUUUACCCCAAAUGUGGACUCAUCUUGGUGGUACAUUGGUGCGUUAGGUGCUCGGGUCAUAUGUGACAACAUUCCAGGUCUAGUAAACAAACAGAGGCAGAUAUGCCAGCGACACCCAGACCUUAUGCAGUCCAUUGGAGAGGGAGCCAAAGAGUGGAUCCGGGAAUGCCAGCACCAGUUCCGACACCAUCGCUGGAAUUGCAGCACACUGGAGCGGGAUCACACUGUGUUCGGCCGUGUCAUGCUGCGCAGUAGCCGGGAAGCAGCAUUCGUUUAUGCCAUCUCCUCAGCGGGCGUCGUUUACGCCAUUACAAGGGCUUGCAGUCAAGGCGAACUUAAAAUCUGCAGCUGUGAUACCGACAGGAGAGGCAGGGCGAGCGACAAAGAAGGUGACUUUGACUGGGGCGGCUGCAGUGACAAUAUCAACUAUGGGAUCAAGUUUGCCAAAGCUUUUGUGGAUGCCAGGGAGAGGAUGGUGAAAGAUGCCAGAGCACUGAUGAACUUACAUAACAAUCGCUGUGGUAGAAUGGCAGUGAAGCGGUUUAUGAAGACUGAAUGUAAAUGUCAUGGAGUCAGUGGAUCGUGUGCUCUCAGGACCUGCUGGCUGGCAAUGUCAGAUUUCCGGAGAACAGGCGACUAUUUGAGGAAGAAAUAUAACACGGCCAUUGAGGUCACGAUGAACCAGGACGGUACAGGAUUUAUGGCUGCCGACCGAUAUUUUAAAAGAACUACCAAAAAUGAUCUAGUUUACGUCGAAAACUCGCCAGACUAUUGUCUCAUGGACCGAUUUGCAGGAUCUCUGGGUACGGCAGGAAGGGUGUGCAACAAGUCAUCCAGGGCUAUGGACAGCUGUGAGAUCAUGUGCUGUGGGCGUGGCUACGACACCACCCGCGUAAAACGCUUGACCAAAUGCGAGUGCAAGUUCAAGUGGUGCUGCGCUGUCGAAUGCAUGGACUGCGAGGAAACCGUGGACGUACACACCUGUAAACCACAUAAGAAACCCGAUUGGCUCGAUUUGACCUGACCGGUGUAACCACGAUGACCAGUCAGCAGCCAUGGUGCUUUUUUCUCAGGUUUUUUUGGAAGUGGGCCACUGCAUUGUGGGAUGUGUAGAUUAUGACUAUAACGCUCCACUCACGGGACCUUUAACUUUAUUCUCCUUUAAAGAUGUAAGCAUGGAGAUGGGGCAAAUCUCGUAUGCCAGUCAGGAGCUGUGGAAGUCAGUGGCUGUCAUAGGAAAUUAUGGACAUUGUUUUGGUGUCUCGAGUUGUGAUCUGGAUGCGAUCAUUUUACUAUUUUUAAUUUGUAAAAUUACAUUUACAUUAUAUUUAUGCAAUCGGCAGUCGCUUUUCUCCAAAGCGACUUAUAUGUGUGUUCCCUGGGACCUUUUGCGCUGCUAACACAAUCAGUUCUAGCUUCACAAAGAAUAUAAAAAUAAAUUAUAUUUCAGGCCAAGAACAAUUCCAUUAAAUUGUCCAAAAUGACACUUUGAAGGGCGUUGUAUAAAUAUUGUUAAACAGUGAUAACUGUGUUACCCUUCAUUUACUUCUUGCACCAUAAUUUUUGAUAUGAGAUUUGUUCACAAAAGAAAUAGAAGAUCAAAUAUCAAUUUAUGACAUCCCACUGUUGUUGUAUUUUAGAGAAAUAUAUUUUCAUUUCUUGUUAUCUUUUCAAUACCCCAGCACUUAAACAUCCCUUUCAAUACGAGUACUUGUGUUUGGUUUGGUAGGGUUCACCACAGGUAACUUGUCUGCGAUCAAAUCCAUUUUUCACAGAGGGUUCAUCAAUGAAAUAUGAUGUUUAUUAAAUAAAGAGUCCAAUCCAUUAGGUUUUAGGAGGCAUAUCAAUGAGGUCAUUAAGGUCAUAGUUUAAGCCAUUCAUGAACUAUUUCAUGUAGAUAUUGCACAAUGAAAUUAGAAAAACACUUCAAAAUUUUAAUCUGAGUUUUCAGGCACUGUAUUUCCCAAGUCGCAAAAUGGCACAAAUUUAAAGUCUAGCUCUACAAGACUCUUAAAAUCACGUCUGGUUUAUUAGUUGAGCAACGUUUCCAAAACCAUUCGGUCACAAGGUGACUUCAGGAUACUUGUACAAAGAUCUGCGAAGAUGAAUGACCCUCUCUGAAUGUUUUAUUGGUCGACUCAAGUCUAGGUAAAGCGCAUACUAAAUGUCAAAUCAUCGCUAAAAUAAGAAAGCACCCUACUUAGAUUCGACCGUAAAAAUAGUCAGGUUGGCAUGACUCGCAUUCUUCGCCAUUCAUUGUGCUGGUCUGAAGGAAGCACAUUGUUAUGACAACACCGUUUCUAAAUUUGCAAAGAUGGAUGGUACAUUGAGUCUGGCUUGUCAUACCGGCUAACAAUGCGCGUCCAAAAUGGUGGCACCAUUAAUCUAAAGCAACUUGAACCUUUGUCAGGUAAGGCCUUGGUUGGGUAUUUUUUGUCAUAGUACAUACUUGACAAAAAAGUCACAACCCCGAGCUGUUGCUGCACAAGGAGGGUCCGAAAGUAACUUUUUGCCAUAUAUAUUUUGCUAUAAACUGUAUUUUGCAUAACUUUCAUAUAAACAAUUAUUUGUUUGUUUUUGUCCUUGUGUAAUUGUGAAAAGCAGAACGCUACUGGGUCUCUAUCAACAUCAUAUUGUAUAUGAUAUGAGCCAGCCUAGUAAAUGGCAAAUGAGUAAGCUUUUUUGACUAAAAAAAUAAACAAAAAUCAGUACUUAAACAAAAAGCAUUCAAACGUAGCAUUCUCCUUAUUUUACCCCAAUUCACAAUAGUAAACGUAUAAUACACUGUAAAAGUAAAAAUUGGAACUACUAGAUUUCCAUCACCAAAACUUAAAUUGAGCUAUAAAUUGAGCAAUUUAAACCAAUUUAAAUUUUGUAUAUUUUUUGUUCAACAAAGCUAAUAUUUACUCGGCUCCUGGCGAGUAUUGACUUUGGACCCUGAAUACAAGCGAAUCGAAUCUCAAGCCA